GAGAUAUUUAUGGGACGCUCAGUUUCACUUCUGCUUUGACUGCUUGGUGUAAAAGUCACUGAAUGAGCCAGAGGGUUUUUUUAACACUCUUUCCCUCCGGACGGUACGGUCGGGCAAUGACGAAGAGGAGUGUGUCCCUGAGGACCAGAUAGAAACAGUGUGACAUCCAGGAGCCAGAGACAAGCUACAGACAGGACUUCUAAACCUCCGGCUGAAGAGAAAGAAGACAAAGAAUUGAACUAUGGCACUGUCCAGCUGCAUGGUCCCCGUGCUGAUCGAGGACUCCAGCCUGACGGACUGGAAGGUGAUCGGCUCCGGGGGCUUCGGGCAGAUCUACAAAGCCAGGCAUCAAAAGUGGUGCUGCGACGUGGCCAUCAAACUGCUUCACCACGACGACGGGAAAAGCGAUUCUCUGCUCCGAGAGAUCGACAUGAUGCGCCAAGGAAGCAGCCCGCAUGUUAUUCAGGUCCGCGGGGUCUUCAGGGGUCAACCGCCCCAAUGUGGCCCGUUGAUACAGCUCGGCCUGGUCAUGGAGCUGAUGGAGCGAGGAUCAUUGGCCUCCUUACAGAAGACCUUAUGUGGGACUCCACCGUGGCCGCUGGUCUUCAGACUGGCUCACCAAGUGGCCCUGGGUGUAAACUUCCUCCACAGUCUGAACCCCGCCCUGCUCCACCUGGACCUGAAGCCCAGCAACGUGCUGCUGGACUCCGAUCUCAAUGCCAAGCUUACAGAUUUUGGCCUUGCCCGGUUUUACCACAGCGUGACACGGAGUUCCGGGAAAGACAGUGAAGAGGAAGGAGGGACGAUUAGCUACAUGCCUCCGGAGGCGUUUGACCUGUCAUACCGACCCGCUCGGGCCUCCGAUAUCUACAGUUAUGGCAUACUCCUAUGGUCCAUUGUCACAGGGAGGCAACCGUACGCAAAUGCAAAGACCACCAUCGUGAAAUUUCGCAUCCCGCAGGGAGACCGGCCGUCGCUGGACGAGAUCAGGAGUCAGGCUGCGGGGCUCGCAGGGUUGACUGGACUGAUGAACCUCAUGGAGAAAUGCUGGGAGGCCAAACCCGACAAAAGGCCCUCAUCACACAAGUGCACAACUGAGACAGAAGAACUGUAUAAGAUGCACAAACAUGGAAUCAAUGACGCAGUACAUCAAGUGCGGAAGAAGCUGGACAAACAGGAAGCAGAGGGUUUAACAGAGCAAGUUCAGGGGAUUCAAAUCACUCAGACUGACUCAGUGAGUAAAAGAGUUAACGCUGUGAACUGUGAUAAUGUGCUGACCGGGCGACUGCCAGUUCAGGAAAUGGCUGGCGGUUGGGCCGCGGAUCAAGGAGACAAAGCAAGAGUGAGAGAUCUGCCUUCACCCCGACCUACACGUGGGUGGGAUGCUGACCUGAGCCGCUCAUCAGUAGACAAGAAAGUGAAGGUGUCCUCUGUGCACCCUAUUCAGUCCUCGCCUCCGCUUCCUUCAACCAAGGGGUCGACUCAGGGCAGGACCGGCAAACCUUCCCAGCAGGCUUUAAGGGCAAAGCUGAUGCCACAGUUUCACCGUCAGUGUUCCAGCCCCGACGCCGUAGCCUGUUAUCCUCCGCCUGCUUCGCCCCGCGUCAUCAUCCACCUGAGCAACGUGACUGGAUUUCAGUAUGGCAGCAACAACACCAUGCACAUCAUCGCCGCAGAGAGGAAACGCCACCCGACAGCACCACCUAGCGUCGACCUGCCGCCACCGCACUCAGGGAGCAGAUGGGACCAGAGAGGAGGGGUUGACUGAGUGUGUCUCAAGUUCUCAAUGCUUUAAUUAUACUUUCUUGCACAAGGGAAGGUUAUGUUUUGUAAGAGAAGCUCACUGCGUUAAUUUUUUUUCUCAUUAUUUUAGUUUUGGCUUUUUAAAACAUUUUGUUUAUGUCUUUUUUAUUUGUUUUACAGUCUUUAUUUAUUCAUCUUCCGUUGUUGUUGGGCACAUUUUAAAAACCAUUGAGCCAAAAUAAAAAAAAACCAAAAACUUCACACCUCCCUUUUGCCCCGUCAGCAGUAUAUAUCUGAGCCAAUGCUGGUCAUAUGGUUUGGCUUUCUCACCAACUCUGCUGCCAGCUCACCAUCAGGUGCCAAAAAUCGCCUUAAACACAGACUGACUAUAAAUCAGAACAGGUUCAUAUACUGUAUUCACCAGUAGUUGUUAUUGCACCAUUAAAAAAAGUGAUAACACUGUACACAUUAUGCUAAUUUUCACGUUCACAAUCGUAUUUUGGUCGAUACAUAUUAUUUUCUCAGUUUGAGCUCCUGUCUCUUUAAGAACCCCUUCCUGAAUUCCCAGUCAGGCUCUGAUUGGUCAGCUUACACACGCCUGACCCAGCAACAUUAAGAGUGACAAACUGGCUGCAAGGCAUAAAUUAUGGAAAUGUGUGACAACGUGACGCAGUGUGAUGUCACAAAGUGGCGGAAUUAAAGGCUGGACUGCCGAAAGAGGCGUUCGGGAGCAGCAUUUUUCUGUGCGAGAGCGAAGCUUUUGUUUGUGUGGACUUUGAGCCGGAUCAGCAAAAUAUGCAAAUGACUUUCACUUCAUGUAUUAAAUGUGCAGUGUGGUAUUUCUGCUGCUUGGGGUCUCUCAGUCCAGACAAAACAAACAAACAAACAAAAAAUUAAGUAGCGUGGAAUCAUGGGAGAUGUUGAGUCGUUUUCUGAUAUUUAGUUAAAAAAUGUUACUUAUUUAGGUUCCUUGUGUGUGAACCUCUUUAAAAUUCUCAGACCCAAAUAGCUUUUUAACAUGUUUUAUAUACUUGGUUUCUCAAAUGUCCAUAUUUGAGAGAAAUGAACUAAAAAAAACAUUAAACACAAGGCUGAAUUUUAACAGACGUGUCUAUCCAAAGAUGUACAUGACAUCCAGAGUUUUGCAGCUGUUGUAACAUUGCUGCCAAAAAAUCAUUGGCAUCUGGAGGAUUUCACUCCGUAGAAGCAUGAUGUAGCUUCAAUGAAGUGUUGGAACGAGCAUGAAUGGAAUAUUUAUGUGAGGUUUUUACAAAAUAUUUCUGGCUGUUAAUGCUUUUUUUUGUAUGAAAAGAAUAUAUUUUUGACUUUUGGUUGGACAAAAGAAAAAAAACACAAAGGAAAUAAUGUGAUGGAUAUUUUUCACUGCUUUCUGAUGCUUGUGACAAUGCAAUAAAAUUCAUAAGUUGUUAUGAAAAAA